GUAUAGUCCAUAUGUUACAGAAGCUGCACCGGCCAAGCGUGAAUCGCGUGUGGGCGAUGAUGCGAGCACCGUGGAUUAGUAUAUAACGACCGCGCCUCUGCUGAUAACACAUUAUCUAGUGAAGCUAGCUAACCUAGCAGAUCAACAUGGUUUACACAAUGACACUAUUCACCUAUCUGGUGGCGGCCGCGGCGGCGGUGACAGUAUUGCCAUUGCCAAAAGUUGCCGCCAAGAUUUCAUAUCCUGAGCCGUCUGCGCCAGCGCACUACUCCUACGAGUACUCUGUCAACGACAAGCACUACGGAGACGUGAAGUCGCACAAGGAGACCCGCGACGGAGACCACAUCAAAGGCUCCUACUCACUCCUGCAACCUGACGGUACGCAGCGAAUUGUCGAGUACACUGUCGAUAAGAAAAGCGGAUUCCAAGCCAAAGUACGCUAUGAGGGAAAGGUUGUAUCUUCCCCAACGAUCAAAUACCCAGAACCAGCGCCCGUCGCUGAAGUCAUAUACUCCACGUCCCAAGCACCCGAUGCCAAGGAAGAGUCUUCCAACUUCAGCAACGUCUCAUUCCGAUCUCAAAGAUUCUCUUACAAACACUAGAUAAAACUAGAAUUCUAAAUUAUUUAUUGUGCCAAAUACAACGUUAUAUCGAA